AUGGUCGCCACUCGAAGUCUACAGCUCACGGUGAAGAAAACCACGCGGCAACAGAAGACUCUGGAGGGACAGCUGUUGAUGGUCAAGGACGGCGAGCGAACAGCCAUCUCGUCCCGUGUGGCCGAACUGGACCAGAUCAUGCCCCAGUACCUCGGCGUCUCCAAAGCCAUCUUGGACUCGGUGAUCUUCUGUCACCAAGACGAGAGUUUGUGGCCCAUGAGCGAACCCUCCGUCUUGAAGAAGAAGUUCGAUGAGAUCUUCGAAGCAAUGAAGUACACCAAGGCCAUCGAUAACAUCAAAGCGCUCCGAAAGAAACAGAACGAAGAACUCGCCAAAUACAAGAUCAUGGAGCAGCAUGCCAAGGAAGACAAGGAAAAAGCUGAUCGCGCCGAGAAGAGGUCAAUCAAGCUGCAGGACGAGAUUGAGGCUCUUCGCGCCGAAACGCACCAGUUGUCUCAGGAGAUGCGUCGGGUGGCAGAGCUGGCGGACAAAGCCUGGAAAGAAUCCGAAAGUUACUCGCAAGUACUCGGGGCUCUGGAGGGGAAACGGAUUGAGGCCAAGAGCGUUCAGACGACCAUUGACAACCUGAAGAGACAUCUCGUUGAACUCGACGAUCCGGACGAGUGGCUGGAGCAGAAUCUCGAGCAGUUCGAAUCCAGACAAGUUCAGUUCCAGCAGCAGGAAGAGGCCCAGAAGGAGAGCUACAUGGAGAUCAAGGACCGGAUCGAGCAGUGUCGUCACAAGAUGGGCGUCAAACAGGCCGAGUAUGGAAAGUAUGAGAACGACAAGGCAAAUUAUGAACGCCAAAUCGAGCGACGACAGAGAAUGGCGAAGGAGAUGGCGCGAUCAAAUAAUAUCCGCGGAUUUGAUAAUGUCCAGGACCAGGCACAUAUGGAUGAGUUCAUGAAAAAGGUCCGCAAACUGCUGAAAGAUCAUAAUCAGGCGUUGGAUCGCAUCAAGCGGGAAGCACAAGGGGAGCUGCGUGAGGUCCAGACCACCUUGAAUGAUAUUGGUCAACGGAAGUCCGCCUUGCACGAAACGAAGAAUGCUGCCAAGCGCCAAAUUGCGGCGAAUGAGAAGGAGGCCGCGAGCUACCAGGGCAAAUUGAAUGAGAUCAACGUCGAUGAAGGGGUGCAAGCUGCGCUCGAAGCGAACAUCGAGGAUAUCAUGUCCUCCCUGAACCAGGCGAAGGAGCGCGCACAAUCAGCAUCAUGGGAUAAGGAGAUCCAGAAUGUGAAUUCGGAGAUUCGUGGAUUAGAAGAUGAGAGCGCGCGAUUGAACUCAGAGCUUAUUGAUGCGACCAAGAGGGCUGGUGACCUUGCCCGCUUGGACCACCUAAAGAAGGAACUGAAGGAGCGGGAACGCAGCUUGGAAACUAUGAAGGGUGCUCACGGAGGACGCCUUGCCAAAUAUGUCGGCGCUGACUGGAAACCGGACACCCUGGAACAGGAGUUUCAGCAUUCGUUGGACCAAGAAUCCAAGCUAGUCUCCACCGCCGAGAACAAGCGGGAUGCAGUUAGCCGCGAGCUGGAGCAAGUCGAAUUUAAACUCAGUGAUGUGAAGAAGACGCUCGCCCAGCGACAGAAGGCUCUGAAGGAAUGCGUCGAAGAAAUCCGCGAAGCUGUUGGUGACGAACCCGAAGAAUUCCCUGAGAUCCUCAAGCAGCGUCAAGCACAACUUGACAUUGCUCGAAAAGACGCUGAACAGUACGCUGGAAUUGGCGAAUACAUGAAAACUUGUCUCGACACCGCAAAGCAGGCCAAGGUCUGCAGACUGUGUACUCGUGGGUUCAAAAAUGAUACAGAGUUGCAGAGCUUCAGGAAUAAGCUCGAGAAUCUUGUGAAAAAGGCCCAACGGGACGCCCAGGACGACGAGGUGCGAGGUUUCGAGGAAGACGUCAACGUCGCUCGCGCUGCCAGCUCGGCCUACGAUAUGUGGCUUCGACUCAAGGACACAGAAAUCCCAGAGUUGGAAAAAGAGGAGGGAGAAUACCUUAAUAAACGUGACGGUCUACUGGCCGAGUUGGAAAACCACGACAAGAUCGUCAGCGAAAAGAUGGAGAAGAAGAGAGACGUUGAGGCCCUUUCCAAGACUGUCAACACUAUUGUGAAAUAUGACGGCGAGAUUAAGUCUAUCCGCGCGCAGAUUCAGGAUCUCUCUUCCAAACAGCAGGACAGUAACUCCUCUCGAACAUUGGAAGAUAUUCAGGAUGAGAUCAAUGCCAUCAGCGAGAAGUCAAGAGCUUUGAAGAAGACACUGUUGAAGCUUACGAAUGACAAAGACCAGACGCGGUCUGAGAUCAACAGCUUAGAGCUGCAAUUGCGGGAUGUCAAGAGCAACCUCGACAACGCGAAAUUCCAGUUGGAGCGAAAGGCCGACCUUCUCACGCGGAUGGAGCAAUACAAGACCCUCAAUACCCAACAACGAGAGGCGAUUGAGAAAGCCGACAAAGAUAUUGAGGCUUUGACACCAGAGCUCCUCCAAGUCCAGGCUAAAUACGACGACAUUAGCCAGCGUGCGGAGCAGCGUGAGAGGGAAAUGCAGCAAACAAUAUCUCAGUUGUCAGAGAACAUUCACCAAUUGGAGCUUUCCAACGAGGAAAUCGAAGCCUACCAUGGGCGGGGUGGACCGAGCCAACUUGACCAAAGCAAGCGCGAACUCGAGAGCAUUGAGCAAGAGAUCAGCCAGUUGGAAGAGGAACAGGCCACUAUCACCAGGGAGAUCAACAAGAUAUCUGCUCAGCUAAAGGAUAGCGAGAACACAAAGCGCCAGUACGCGGACAAUCUAACCUAUCGCCAAGCAAACCGAACGUUUGAGAAGGUUACCGAGGAAAUUGAACAGCUGGAAGCUCAGAAUGCAGAAGUUGAUCGAAGCCGGUUCAAAGAGGAAUCUGAGCGACGCACCCGCGAGCACAACGCCCUUGCCGCGAAACAGGCGAGCAAAAUGGGCGAGAUGAAGUCCAAGGACGAUCAACUGAUGCAACUCCUCGCGGACUGGAACACGGACUACAAAGACGCGGCAGCCAAGUACAAGGAAGCCCACAUCAAGGUGGAAACGACCAAGGCGGCGGUCGACGACCUGGCCCGCUAUGGGGGUGCCCUGGACAAGGCCAUCAUGAAGUAUCACGGUCUGAAGAUGGAGGAGAUCAAUGCCAUCAUCGGAGAACUCUGGCAGAAGACAUACCGCGGCACCGAUGUCGACACAAUCCUCAUUCGAUCCGACAAUGAAAACGCCAAGGGCAACCGGUCGUAUAACUAUCGUGUCUGCAUGGUCAAGCAGGGUGCGGAGAUGGAUAUGCGUGGACGCUGCAGUGCUGGUCAGAAGGUGCUCGCUAGUAUCAUCAUCCGGCUGGCGCUUGCAGAGUGUUUUGGCGUCAACUGCGGUCUGAUCGCUCUCGAUGAACCGACCACAAAUCUGGACCGCGAUAACAUCCGAUCUCUCGCUGAAUCGCUGCAUGACAUUAUCCGGGCACGUCGUCUGCAAUCCAACUUCCAGUUGAUUGUCAUCACCCACGACGAAGAGUUUUUGCGCCAUAUGCAAUGUGGUGACUUUAGCGACUACUACUACCGGGUGUCGCGUAAUGAGAAGCAGAAGUCAAUUAUUGAGAGGCAGUCCAUUGCAGAGGUCAUGUAA